GCUCCGGGAGCAGCAGGCGGCCUGGAAACGGAGCCAUUGGGAGCGGUGGCAGGUGGGGACGCGCCGCCUGCGGGGACAGGUGGGGGACGCCCUGCUGUACGCCCAGGUGUGGAGGGGCUCGCUGCACCACAUCGAAGGUCACUUCGGAACCGGGAUCCAGUCGUAUUUCAACUUCCUGCGCUUCCUGGUGCUGCUGAACCUGGGGGGGGCCCUGCUCACGGUGGGGUUCGUGGUGGCCCCCAACGCCGCCUUCGAGGGGCUGCGGCUGAACCAGACCCAGCAGGGGCCGAACUCCACGGGUACUGCCAGCCCGGACGCCUGGGUCCCAUCUCCGGGGGGGCAGGGCGAGAGCUCCCAGAACGGCAGCCCGGAUGCCUGGGUCCCAUCUCCAGUGUGUGUGGGGGGUGAGAGCCCCCAGAACGGCAACCUGGAUGCCUAG